AUGAUGGCAUUAGAUGUUAUUACUAGUGCGUCUUCUGUUCCAGCUACUGAGUGCUUUUCGCAAAUUGUGGAGAGCAUGAUGGAGGUUGUAUAUGCUGCCAACAAUGUUCUCAUUAAGAAGGAGAGCUUUAAGGAACUUUCUGUCUACUUGGAAAGGGUUGCACCUGUCCUAAAAGAGCUGAAUAAGAAAGACAUUAGUCGUUAUGGGAGCAUAAACAAUGCCAUUGAGAUCCUCAAUCAGGCAAUCAAAGCUGCAAAGCAGCUGACUGCUGACUGCACCAAGAGAAACAAAGUGUAUCUUCUAAUGAAUUGUCGGACGAUAAUUAAAAGCCUAGAGGACAUCACAAGAGAAAUAAGCCGGGCCCUAGGUCUUCUUCCUUUGGCCUCUUUGGAUCUUUCGACCAGUAUAAUUGAAGAGAUUGAAAAGCUUCGUGAUAGUAUGCAGAGAGCUGAGUUCAAGGCUGCUAUAGCAGAAGAAGAGAUUUUGGCAAGAAUUGAGUCUGGAAUACAGGAGAGGAAUGUUGAUCGUUCUUAUGCCAAUAAGUUACUCGCUCACAUAGCUGAGGCUGUUGGGAUCUCAACUGAGAGGUCUGCAUUGAAGAAGGAGUUUGAAGAAUUUAAGAGUGAGAUUGAAAAUGUGCAGCUUAGGAAGGACCAGGCUGAAGCCAUACAAAUGGAUCAGAUAAUUGCUUUGCUAGAAAGGGCAGAUGCUGCUUCAUCUCCUAAGGAGAAAGAGAGAAAGUAUUUCACCAAAAGGAAGUCUUUGGGUAGUCAGCCAUUGGAACCUCUCCAGUCCUUUUAUUGCCCAAUUACUCGGGAUGUUAUGGUGGACCCUGUGGAGACCUCUUCAGGACAGACAUUUGAGAGAAGUGCAAUAGAAAAAUGGCUUGAAGAUGGGCAUGAAAUGUGUCCUCUGACCAUGACCCCUCUAGACACAUCAAUUUUGAGGCCGAACAAAACUCUUAGGCAAUCAAUAGAAGAAUGGAAGGACAGAAACACCAUGAUUACGAUUGCUUCGAUGAAAUCAAAACUUGUGUCUGAAGAAGAAGAAGACGUGCUUCAUUGCCUGGAGCAGUUAGAGGAUCUCUGUGAACAAAGAGAACAGCAUCGGGAAUGGGUGAUAUUGGAGAAUUAUAUACCAUUAUUUAUCCAGCUUCUUGGAGAAAAAAAUCGUGAUAUAAGGAAUCGUGCUCUUGUUAUCCUUUGCAUUCUGGCAAAAGACAGUGAUCAUGCCAAGGAAAGAGUUGCAGAUGUUCAUGAUGCAAUCGAAUUCAUUGUUCGAUCUCUUGGACGGCGUAUUGGGGAAAGGAAGUUAGCAGUGGCAUUACUGUUAGAGUUGUCAAAGUGUAACUUGGUAAGGGAUGGCAUUGGAAAGGCGCAGGGUUGUAUUCUCCUCUUAGUGACUAUGGCAAGCAGUGAUGACAGUCAAGCUGCCACAGAUGCCCAAGAGCUAUUGGAGAAUCUUUCCUUCUCUGAUCAGAACAUCAUACAAAUGGCUAAGGCAAAUUACUUCAAACAUUUGCUGCAGCGUCUAUCCACAGGACCAGAACAAGUGAAAAUGAUGAUGGCAUCAACUUUGGCAGAAUUGGAGUUGACUGACCACAAUAAAGCAUCUUUGUUUGAAGGAGGUGCUCUGGGUCCACUUCUUCGCUUGGUAUCAUGUGGUGACAUUCAGAUGAAAGAAGUGGCUGUCAAAGCUCUUCAGAACCUAUCAAGCUUACCUGCAAAUGGCCUGCAGAUGAUUAAAGAAGGUGCAUUGCAACCAUUACUUGGCCUUCUCUUUCAGCACGUCUCUUCAUCCUCAAAUUUACGUGAGCAUGCAGCUACCACAAUUAUGCACCUCGCUCUAUCAACGGUGUCUCAAGAAUCCAGCCCUACACCAGUUUCAUUGUUGAAAUCUGACGAUGAUACUUUCAGGCUCUUUUCUUUAAUUAGCUUGACGGGGCCUGAUGUGCAACAAAACGUUCUUCGAAUUUUCCAUGCCUUGUGCCAGUCCCCAUCGGCAUCAAAUAUCAAGACCAAGCUGACAGAGUGUUCAGCUAUGCAAGUAUUGGUCCAGUUAUGUGAACGCGAUGACAACCCCAAUGUAAGAGUGAAUGCUGUGAAGAUGUUAUAUUGCUUGGUAGAAGAUGGUGACGAAGGCACCAUUUUAGAGCAUGUGGGUCAGAAAUGCCUUGAGACCUUGCUCCGGAUUAUCCAAUCUUCUAAUGUUGAAGAAGAGAUUACUUCUGCAAUGGGCAUUAUCUCAAACCUCCCAGAAAAGCCCCAGAUCACCCAGUGGCUUCUGGAUGCUGGGGCACUUACUGUAAUCUCUAGAUUUCUCCCUGAUAGCAAGCAGAAUGAUCCCCAUAAAAAUCACUUGGUUGAAAAUGCCGCUGGAGCCAUGUGUCGUUUUACUGUUCCGACAAAUCCAGAAUGGCAAAAGAGAGCUGCAGAAGCUGGAAUAAUUCCUGUGCUAGUGCAGCUGCUGGACUUCGGAACUACCAUUACAAAGAAGUGUGCUGCGAUUUCUCUCGCUCGCUUUUCUGAGAGCUCGCUAAAGCUCAGUCGGCCAAUACCUAAGCACAGGGGAUUCUGGUGCUUUUCUGUUCCACCAGAAACUGGCUGCCCGAUUCAUGGGGGAAUCUGUGCUGUUGAAUCGUCAUUUUGCCUUGUGGAAGCUGAUGCAUUAGGACCCCUUGUGAGGGUUCUUCAAGAUCCAGAUCCUGGAACCUGUGAGGCUUCUUUAGACGCCCUAUUAACUCUAAUUGAAGGUGUUACACUUCAAAAUGGUAGUAAGGUUCUUGCAGAUGCAAAUGCCAUUCAACCAAUUGUUGGAUUUCUUGGUUCUUCCUCCCCCGGACUGCAGGAAAAGGCCCUGAACACUUUAGAAAGGAUCUUCCGGCUGCCCGAGUUAAAACAGAAGUAUGGGCCCACUGCUCAGAUGCCUUUGGUUGACCUGACACAGCGGGGUAACAGCAGCAUGAAGUCUCUUUCAGCCAGAAUACUUGCUCAUUUGAAUGUACUUCAUGAUCAGUCCUCUUACUUCUAA